AUGAGGUACGAGUGGGCGAACGACGACGGGGUUGUACAUGCAAAUGAGGAAUGUCAGUGGACGACGAGGGGGGUGUCCGAGACGACGAGGGGGGUGUCCGAGACGACGAGGGGGGUGUCCGAGACGACGAGGGGGGUGUCCGAGACGACGAGGGGGGUGUCCGAGACGACGAGGGGGGGUGUCCGAGACGACGAGGGGGGUGUCCGAGACGACGAGGGGGGUGUCCGAGACGACGAGGGGGGUGUCCGAGACGACGAGGGGGGUGUCCGAGACGACGAGGGGGGUGUCCGAGACGACGAGGGGGGUGUCCGAGACGACGAGGGGGGUGUCCGAGACGACGAGGGGGGUGUCCGAGACGACGAGGGGGGUGUCCGAGACGACGAGGGGGGUGUCCGAGACGACGAGGGGGGUGUCCGAGACGACGAGGGGGGUGUCCGAGACGACGAGGGGGGUGUCCGAGACGACGAGGGGGGUGUCCGAGACGACGAGGGGGGUGUCCGAGACGACGAGGGGGGUGUCCGAGACGACGAGGGGGGUGUCCGAGACGACGAGGGGGGUGUCCGAGACGACGAGGGGGGUGUCCGAGACGACGAGGGGGGUGUCCGAGACGACGAGGGGGGUGUCCGAGACGACGAGGGGGGUGUCCGAGACGACGAGGGGGGUGUCCGAGACGACGAGGGGGGUGUCCGAGACGACGAGGGGGGUGUCCGAGACGACGAGGGGGGUGUCCGAGACGACGAGGGGGGUGUCCGAGACGACGAGGGGGGUGUCCGAGACGACGAGGGGGGUGUCCGAGACGACGAGGGGGGUGUCCGAGACGACGAGGGGGGUGUCCGAGACGACGAGGGGGGUGUCCGAGACGACGAGGGGGGUGUCCGAGACGACGAGGGGGGUGUCCGAGACGACGAGGGGGGUGUCCGAGACGACGAGGGGGGUGUCCGAGACGACGAGGGGGGUGUCCGAGACGACGAGGGGGGUGUCCGAGACGACGAGGGGGGUGUCCGAGACGACGAGGGGGGUGUCCGAGACGACGAGGGGGGUGUCCGAGACGACGAGGGGGGUGUCCGAGACGACGAGGGGGGUGUCCGAGACGACGAGGGGGUGUCCGAGACGACGAGGGGGGUGUCCGAGACGACGAGGGGGGUGUCCGAGACGACGAGGGGGGUGUCCGAGACGACGAGGGGGGUGUCCGAGACGACGAGGGGGGUGUCCGAGACGACGAGGGGGGUGUCCGAGACGACGAGGGGGGUGUCCGAGACGACGAGGGGGGUGUCCGAGACGACGAGGGGGGUGUCCGAGACGACGAGGGGGGUGUCCGAGACGACGAGGGGGGUGUCCGAGACGACGAGGGGGGUGUCCGAGACGACGAGGGGGGUGUCCGAGACGACGAGGGGGGUGUCCGAGACGACGAGGGGGGUGUCCGAGACGACGAGGGGGGUGUCCGAGACGACGAGGGGGGUGUCCGAGACGACGAGGGGGGUGUCCGAGACGACGAGGGGGGUGUCCGAGACGACGAGGGGGGUGUCCGAGACGACGAGGGGGGUGUCCGAGACGACGAGGGGGGUGUCCGAGACGACGAGGGGGGUGUCCGAGACGACGAGGGGGGUGUCCGAGACGACGAGGGGGGUGUCCGAGACGACGAGGGGGGUGUCCGAGACGACGAGGGGGGUGUCCGAGACGACGAGGGGGGGUGUCCGAGACGACGAGGGGGGUGUCCGAGACGACGAUGGGGGUGUCCGAGACGACGAGGGGGGUGUCCGAGACGACGAGGGGGGUGUCCGAGACGACGAGGGGGGUGUCCGAGACGACGAGGGGGGUGUCCGAGACGACGAGGGGGGUGUCCGAGACGACGAGGGGGGUGUCCGAGACGACGAGGGGGGUGUCCGAGACGACGAGGGGGGUGUCCGAGACGACGAGGGGGGUGUCCGAGACGACGAGGGGGGUGUCCGAGACGACGAGGGGGGUAUCCGAGACGACGAACUUGAUACAGGAGUGUAUAUUAAUUGA